CCUGUUAGCGUAAACGAGAAAAAAAAAAACGAAUCUAAUUAGUAGCAAUUGGAGACAACCUCCUACUAAGAUUAUAUUCUAGCAAGUAUUUGCCACGACGUUGCAUAAUCCAUUGCAAAAAUCCUCGAACGAGUAAAUUAAACGACAACGUAAAACGGACUGAACUAUAACGUAACGUAACGUAACGUAAUAAACAAGGACCCGUAUUCUCGUCUCCUUUUUUUUAGAAUGAUAAAAAUAGUGAGUCGUUGCGCUUUAUAUAUUAUACACUUCGAAUAUAUGGAUAUACGAGUAACAUUACGUACAGAAGCAAAUACAGAAAUGCAGGCAUCUUGUCGUUAAAUUGUAAGAUAUUGUGUUCAAACUCCAGAAUGUACUCCGAUCCCUUCCUCAGACUAUUAUAUAUUAAAUAUAUUGUGCACUAUGCUCCAACUUGUCCAUACGAAUAAAUAUACUGAAAAAUCUGAUUAUACAGUAUCCUCGAUCGUUACUGUUAUCCUUUGACGAGAUUCUAGUUGCCUAACGUGUCUAUCAAUCCGUUAUCGUUCAAUUUUUUGGAACAUUAUAUUCUUCGUUUUUUCAUUUUACAUUCAAUCUUUAUAAGUUAUCGAAAACCUCUGUUUGUAUCAAACGAGAAGAAUAUACGCUUACCGCGCAGCCACAUGUUUGUGUGCAUACAUUUGUAUCGUACUUGCACAUAUCAUAUAAAUAUGUUACCAUUUCUGACAGUUAUUAAUUCUACGAACAUGAUUUGUUCGUUUUUAAAUUAUCGAACAUGUGAUGCAUCGAUCAAGUGCGGGUAUCGCUAUACAUGAGUAUGGUUAUAACGAAUGAGAUUUAUAUUUUACAGAUACGUUACAGUUUAUAGGUUAUGUUUUAUAACCUAAAUUACUUGUAUUCGUAUCGCGUUAAAGAUUACGUUGGAUCGAAGUAUGUAAUAACAGAAAUUCUGUACGUAAUGAAACAUAGACUUACUCGUGCGCUUUGUUUGAUUAAGAAAAACAUUCCGAGUUAAUACGUAAAAGAAUUACGAAUAAAAUUUAUUAUUUCCUACGUAACAUGGAUGAAAUAGAUUACAAGUUAGAAUCAACAAACCCUGUUUUGAUAUCGCACGCAAUAUCUAAGCUUUUCGAUUGUAUUAAGAAAAAAAAGAAUGAUCAACAGACGGAUCAUGUUUCAAAGACGGAUGAAUUUAAAUUAUUAUUAAUGAAACGAGACAGCACGGAUACUGUACUUAGUAUAUCUGCUUGUCACGGCUUAAUUGCUCUAGUCGAAAAUGGAUUAUGGGAUAUUAGCGAAGCUUUGGCUACCUUUACAUCGAGUCUUUCCUCUAUAAGAAAUCAUACGGUUUCUGCCACUGUCAUAAGUCGCUUAUUAAUAUUGGAUCUCAAGUAUGAUAAAGAAAACAAAAGCAUGCACCCGUUCACUCUACAUGUCCCACAGCACCCAUUUAUAAUGAUAUUAACACAAGAUAAACGUAGCUGGCAGACAGUGUUCAAUCAGUUAACGUUUAUUAUGAAUCAUCAGGAUCCUCGAGUUAAAGAAAACUGUAUAGAAACUUUGCGUCCUGUAUUCUUAUAUGUUUUAUGUAAUCCUUCUGUGGAUUCUAUAGAUUGCUCUAUGCAGCAAGCUUGGCAGCUUUUAAUAAAAUCCAAGCAUAGUAUAUGUUUGCAAACUGAAAUUUUACUGUGGUUGUGUACGAAUGAUACUCGCUCCUGUAUAAAUACAAACUAUAGAAUUUUAGAGCUUGCAGAGAAAGCUUUGUUCGAGAAAAAUAAAGAGUACUGUACAGCUCUAUUACCGAUGAUCGCAUCUUUGACUAUACAAUUGCUGAAAUACGGGUUUGACCCAAAACCAAAUUUCAGCCUUAUGUUUGGUAUCAUGAAUCAUUGUGAUAGCUGUAUAGGGAACCUUAUGUUAGUACUAAUGGCGGAAAUAAUAGUUUCUUGUCCAGCUAUUUACUUGUUAAAUGCUUUGCAAACAUGUGUACUAAUAACGGGUAAAAUGAUUUGCAACGAUAUGUUUUUAAAUGUAUUAUUGGCAUCUAUUUUAAAAUGGAUGGCAUAUCCAUCCAUACUGUGUUCAGAUGCAUUGGACGUAGCAAAAGAUUUAAUACAAACGAUGUUUGCUAAAACAAAGUCUACAGAUAACAACGGCGCGACAUUUUCAAGCAAAAUAUUUACAAUAUUUACUUAUUCCGAUUCGUACUUACAAUUUUACACCGAAAUCAUAGAUCGCCUAACUGUUUGGGAACUGAACGAUAUUGUGUUAUGGUUAAAGAAUAUGUUAGAUGUACCGUUCGAUUUGAAGGAUAAAUGUAAAUUAUUAGUAUCUAGUAUUCUAUUGCAAACAAACGACCCACAGGUGACCGAAUUAUGUUGCAAUAUACUCAUCGACGUUACGAAAGAAAAGAAAGAUUUUGGAUCGCAUGUAUUGUCAUUGGUAUUGCAUAAAUUAACAAAAUCUAAAAGUAAUUUACAAUCCAAAUGUUUACUACUCGUUGUACCAGAACUUGUAGUUACCAAAGGAAAUAUUCCAAUCAUUGCUCAUACAUUAGAUUCUUUACUGAGUGGUGGGAAACAGCUGAAAUACUUCACUAUCGAAUUGUACUUAAAAACGUUAAAGAAAGAACCAAGAUGUCACAGAUUUCUGUCGACCGCAAUAAUUCGACUAAUAAAAAGUGAUCUGUCCUGGUAUUCGGAUGCAACUUGUACAAGAGCUAUGAAAUAUAUAUGUGAGAAUUAUCCUGAACACGGAGAAAAACUGGUACCGUUAAUAUCGCAAAUAUUAAAUCGUUCUACGGGUAUGAAUGGUGCAACUGCAAGCGCACUUGCACUCGAAUGCAUUUCUGCUCUUUGUAAAGCAUCGAUAACGGAUAUUUGUUCAACUUGGAAAGUGCUGGCUCCUAAAAUGGAGAAAGAAAAACGACCUAUUGUUUUGAAAAGUUUGUGCGAAAUGUUCGGUGAUAUCGCAUCGUAUCCAUCGUCUCAGUACGUUGAAGAAUACGAUGAACUGAUUAACGGCUUUGUGUCGAAACUAUGGAAAUACGCUAUGCAUAACGACAUCAUAGUUAUCGAAGCUGCGCUUAACGCACUGGCAUCGUAUCGUCUCGAGCAAAUUCCCUUAAAGUCGUUACCGGAAGAGUUUAAAAACGAUCUCGUAGUACCAGCGGCAUAUGCAAAAACGCCAAUUGAUGCAGCUAAGAAACCAGAAGAUGUACUUCCGUACAUACCCGGUACUUGUUGGAUUCAAAUGCUUCAAAGAAUAAAUAAAAUGGCUCUGUCAGCAGCUGGGAACCUUUUAAUUUCUUUCGUGAUCGAUGAAGUUAAUGGUUUUCGUUCGGGAAUGUACGUGUGGCCCCAAGGUGAACCAAACAAUUUCAAGUACCUGCCAGAAAAGAGCGUGAUAAGAGCCGUCGGUGAAUAUUUGAGACGUUGCAAUAAAUCCGAUCCCGCUAAUCAUCGUACGAUUAUAGAAUGCUUGCGAAUAUUUGCUCAUGAAUAUCCAAAACCACUGCCCAAUGUAAAUUGGAAUUUCCUUAAAGACAUCAUCGAUAUAUCGCUCGAAGCCGAAAAAUAUGCUCUCUCUAUCGCGUGUCGUCAUGCAACGAUAUCUUUGUCUGCCAAAUCCUUUGCAGAAAAUUAUCUGCAAACUUACAAGACUAUGGACGAUUCGAAUUUGAUCUUUAAAAGCAACGAGUACGCUAUACUGUAUUCGCAUCUCCAAAAUUUAUGUCAAGCGACACAAUCAAAUAUCCUUAAACCGUUUUUAGAAAUCACACUGGAGCAUGUAAUCGAGAAAAUGAGUAUCGAGGAUAAAGAUUCGACACGACUGUUUCAGUCAAUUAUGUUCUCGUACGCGCAGGCAUUGAGAAAUCAAGAAGCAUACGAUGCCAACUCUACGUUGAUUUCUACUUUAUUGGAAAAGCUCUUAGAUAAAAUAGACUUAACGCGUAAUCACUUUGAGCCUUAUUUUGCAGCAGCUUUGGAAUUGUCGAUAACGCAUUUGGAACGAAUGACGUCUCCUAAAGUGUGGUGGGAAGUAACAGGUAGUAAAUUGAAAAAUGCCAUUGCAAUUAGAGCUGAAUUAGCACUGAACAAGAAUUCCGAAUCACCUUUAACGUGGCUGAACGAAAUUAUCGAUGAUGUUGCAUCGUUACCUAGCAUACAAACUUAUUUUCUUGAAAUUAUGCAAAAAGUGCAAGCCAAAAUGAGAUUUAGAAAGUCCAGUAUAAAUUGGGUUAUCGAUUUUAUGACUCAGAUACAAGAGCUUCUGAUAGAAUCUCAAAAUCAUUCUGACAAAGUACAAUUUUAUUGUGAUAUUUUAUUCGUCUCUGUCGCGAGUUUGUCUGGCAUAAAUGAUAUGCUAAUGAAACGAGACCUAUUAAUUUCAUCGCGCAAUGAGCGACUCGAAUUGUUUCCUCACGCUCUAGCGGUUCUUUUGCAUAAACAGGACUGGAAAAACGCAGUUCCACAGAUUAUGGAGUGGUUAAAUUAUAUGAGAACAAGCCCUAUUUCUAAUACCUGUAAAUUCACGUUUCACCGAUCGUUAAUUUGUUUAAGAAAUAACGCAUAUUAUAAAGAAACGUGGACUAAGUAUCUAUCUAUUAAGACUGAGAUCAAUGUUUGAUUGUGUACGACUUGGACUAGAUUUUCUACUACUUGGAUAUGAUUUUAGUAAACGGGCACUGAACAGACAAAUAAAUUCAAAUUCUGAUUUGUUCAAUUUCACUUAAAAUUUAGGA